GCAGGGACCAUGGGCUGUUGCUGCAGUUCUGACUAUGACGAAGACUGGAUCGAGAACAUUGACAUCUGUGAGCGCUGCAAUUACCCCAUAGACCCGGCUAGUAAACCCCAGAGGCUGAGACACAAUGGCUCCGAGGUGCGUGAUCCUUUGGUGUCCUAUGAAAUUCCUUCUCCGCCCUGCUCUCCUAUGCAAGAUAAACUAGUGGUAGCUUUGUAUGACUAUGAACCAACUCACGAUGGCGACCUGGGCCUCCAGAAGGGGGAGACGCUCCGACUUCUGGAGGAGAGUGGGGAGUGGUGGAAGGCCCAGUCACUCACCACUGGCCAGGAAGGGUACAUUCCCUAUAACUUCGUCGCCAGGGUGAACAGCCUGGAGCCGGAACCCUGGUUCUUCAAAAACCUCAGCAGGAAGGACGCUGAGCGCCAGCUCCUGGCCUCCGGGAACACGCAUGGCUCCUUCCUGAUCCGGGAGAGCGAAUCCACCAAAGGUUCCUUCUCCCUGUCAGUGAGGGACUUUGACCAAAACCAAGGCGAGAUGGUGAAGCACUACAAGAUCCGGAACAUGGACAAUGGGGGGUACUACAUCUCCCCUCGCAUCACCUUCAGCAGCCUGCACGAGCUGGUGGAGCAUUACACACGCAAUAUAGAUGGGUUGUGCACCCGCCUGGGCAAGCCCUGCCAGAACCAGAAGCCGCAGAAGCCCUGGUGGCAAGACGAAUGGGAGGUGCCUCGGGAGACUCUCAAGCUGGUGGAAAAGCUGGGAGCAGGGCAGUUUGGAGAGGUCUGGAUGGGUUACUAUAACGGUCACACCAAAGUGGCCAUUAAGAAUCUGAAGCAGGGCAGCAUGUCCCCCAGCGCCUUCCUGGCAGAAGCCAACCUCAUGAAGAGCCUGCAACACCCCAAGCUGGUGCGGCUCUACGCCGUGGUGACUCAGGAGCCCAUCUACAUCAUCACGGAGUACAUGGAGAAAGGGAGCCUGGUGGAUUUUCUCAAGACCCCCGAAGGAAUCGGACUCACCAUUAACAAAUUGCUGGAUAUGGCAGCGCAGAUCGCAGAGGGAAUGGCCUUCAUCGAGGAGAAGAAUUACAUCCACCGUGACCUGCGAGCUGCCAACAUCCUGGUGUCAGACACCCUCUGCUGUAAGAUCGCUGACUUCGGGCUGGCUCGGCUCAUCGAGGACAACGAGUACACGGCCCGGGAGGGAGCUAAGUUCCCCAUUAAGUGGACAGCACCAGAAGCCAUUAAUUAUGGGACGUUCACCAUCAAGUCUGAUGUUUGGUCAUUUGGAAUCCUCCUGACUGAGAUUGUCACCUAUGGACGGAUCCCUUAUCCAGGGAUGACUAACCCAGAAGUGAUACAGAACUUGGAGCGCGGUUACCGAAUGCCUCAGCCCGACAACUGCCCAGAGGAGCUGUAUGCACUGAUGAUGCACUGCUGGAAGGAGAGCCCAGAGGAGCGCCCCACCUUCGAGUACAUGAAGAGCGUUCUUGAGGACUUUUUCACUGCCACAGAGGGCCAGUACCAGCAGCAGCCGUGA